AUGCAAGCCACGGCUGGAAUGUUUCUGGAACUCAAUCCAAGAGAGGCCGCAUUGAUUGACAGCGUCAGAAUUUUCUUCUUACUGCUAGAGAUUGAACAAUACUCCGUACACGGCACAGCGACAUGGAAUACAAAACCAAAAACAGAUGUCGAUCAACUAAAAAUGCGACUUGAAUACGUCAAUUGCCAACAGCCCGAAAACGAGGGGCGUCGGAACACUUGGAGUGCGGACUGUGGAGAGGAGCUCAAGAUCGAGUGCUCAUGCUUCCCGGUCAUGGUUCCGGGAGUUGGAAAGGGCGUGCUCGGAAAGAAGGCAGGUGAUUGGAGGAUGGGACGUCAGAUGGGGCACGUCCCCGUUCAUCGGCGGCGAGGCGCCGGCGGUAUUCUGCACAUGGGAAUGGUGGAAGUGGUGGGAGAGGACGUGGGCGUAGGUACCGGUAAUCAAGCGGCGUCGUGUUCCCAGGGAGUCAAGUCUCCCGUCGAUGGAACUAUCUCCAAGAGGAAGACAAGCGACCAGCCUGCAGCGGGAAAUGAACAAGGCCGUCGGCCAAUGGUCGGAGCCAACCAGCACCGCGGAGCACCCUUGGGGCAUUGGGGCCCUUGGGGCCCUUGGGGGGCCCCUCCCUCGGGGGCACUGAAAGUCGCGCUGUCGGGUAAAGAAGCUUCAUUCUCGCCCAAUUUGACUCCUCUUCCCCCAUCCCAUCCACUCCUCUCCCUGAACCACCCAGCAGUCCAGCCAGAGACCGAGACGAACCUCGCACUCGACAACCUAGACAGGCAGACAACCACCAUCGCCAGGUCUCGUCUUACAUCUACCCGAUUCGACGCCAAAUUUUGCCCCUCCAUCGUCGCCGACUUCACUGCCGAGCAAAAGUUGGAAUCGAUCCCGGUCCACGAACCGCGCGCAUUUAAUUCAACUACGGACCCAGUCUUUUACAACCACAAAACAAAUCGACACCCUCGUCUCCGAGUCGAUUUGAAGGAGCCCUUUUGCUCUUCUGCCUCUCUGUUCUUUGGUUCCAACACCGCCGGCUUCGUACCCGAGAGCCUUCACCGGCCGAGCGACAUGUCGCCUUACACAAGCACUGGAGGCGGGCGCGCGCCCAAUGUGUCUCGCUACCUGCGUGACUUGAACACCGUCAAGGAGCCCGGUUCCGCCGAGGAGAACUUCACCUUCGAGGACGAUCUCGCCAUGUUCACAAACACUCAGUUUUUCGACUUCGAGACUGGCCAGCACACCGACUACCAGGCACCGCCCAAGAAGGCCGAGACCGCUACCGUUGCUGAGCCCCAGCCUCCAUCCAGCGCCGUCACCGAAGAAUUGACCUCUCCCAUUGGCGACUUUGGCAAUGUCGACUUUUCUCUGCCAGGCGUAUGGGCUUGUGUGGGAUUUGGUAUGGAUUUUUGGUUGUCCAUCAAAAGUUCUGACCCAACAGCCAUGGGCACAAGCACCUUAGUAUCGGGCGAAUGGGAAACGGACGACGAUUCACACCGUUCACACAUGAGUCAAGUGGCCCCUCUGAACUUUAACCUCCCAGUUCUCAUCAGCGAUCAGCUCAACUUUCUCUCAGGGUCGCAGCCAAGCACAUGCGACCGCCUUAUCACCAGCCUUUCGAACCUGUCCUUUCUUACCCCACCCUGUUCAUGCGCAGUCCAUGUUUCAUUCGGAUGUCUUGAUUGGGAGAAGCUGCCUGCUCUUAUGCAGGUUGCCGGCCAGGGAUGCUUCGACCAUCUGGGCAGCCGCCAUCCGACACCGAUUAAGCAAGUGCUAUGGUUGAUGGUCUUGUAUCUCCAACAUUUAGACUCGUCGAUGCGGUUGUUCUUUCGAUCAAGCGCUAUCCGCCCCGUCUUUCCCCUCAUUCCACCGUCUCGACGACGCCACGAUGCCAGGAACUGA